CAACCACAGAGAGUCCGAUGGAAGCAGGUGGACAGGAAGGAAUGCAGUAUAAAAAGGAAACACUGUUGCUAAUUCUGCUUGCUGUACUACUGGCACUAAUUCAGCACUACUCCAGGCAUCAAAGCACUCUCGCAUGAUGAUGGAGAACAGAGACCUCAAUGCUUUGACUUUUUUUCAACUGUCAAGAAGUACUGAUCAAAUUCUUCGUGCUAGAACAAAGGAUCACCUACAGAAGAUGUAUGCCUGCUGGAAAGAUCACUUGGAAGAACCUCAGCUCUCCACCUGGUUUAAUCCAAAAAAACGUCCUGAUGUUAUAGCAACAACUGGUUGGCUCGCUCCGGUCUUAUGGGAAGGAACUUAUAACAGAGAAGUUCUAGAACAAUAUUAUAAGAAACUGAACAUUACCGUAGGCUUGGCUGUCUUUGCUGCUGGAAACCUUACAAGAGGGUCCCUGAGACGCUUCAUAAAAUCUGCUGAUAAGUACUUCCUGGUUGGCUACAAUGUUAUUUUCUACAUCUUGGCUGACAGCAUGUACAAUCUACCAUACCUUGAGCUUGGUCCUCUUCGGACUUUUAAAGUGUGGAGGCUAUUUGAGGAAGACAUGUAUCAAGACUGUAAUCUCAGAAACAUGGCUAACAUGCAAAGCAAAAUCAUACAUCAUAUACAAUAUGAAGUCAACUUUCUCUUCAUGAUGUCUGUGAACCAGAUCUUCAAGAAUAACUUUGGAGUAGAAACCCUGGGCAGAUCUGUAGCUCAACUCCACACAUGGUGGUAUUUUAAAAAGCCCAGAGAUUUCCCCUAUGAGAGAAGAACUAAAUCCACAGCUUUCAUCCCCUUUGAAGAGGGAGAUUUCUAUUACCACAGGGCCAUUGUUGGUGGCACACCUCUAGACAUCUUAGAUCUUAUUGAACAAUAUAUAAAGGGAAUUAUAGAUGACAGCACAAAUAAACUUUAUAGCACAUUUGAAAGCCAUCUAAAUAAAUAUUUUUUUAUCAAUAAACCUGCUAGAGUGUUAUCACCAGAGUACAACUGGAACCCAAAAUUUAAAACUCCUCCAGAAAUCAAGCACAUUAAGAUAGCAUGGCAUCCAUAAAUCACGCGAUGGCUGCGCCCUGGAGUUUAUGAAGUCACAAGUAAAUACCAGGGAAUUCCUCAAAAAUAAACUCUGGGAAACUUACAAAAGUGUAUAAUCUUUUAGAAUAAAUUGUCUUUGAAAUUAUAA